AUGGGCUUCAACACAAUCCUCAACACUGCCAAGCAGCUUGCUAGCAACGACGAAGCUAAGGACCAGCAGAGCUCGUCCCAGACUUCUGACCAGCAAGGCUGGGACAAGGUCGGCGACGACGCCAAGAAGGCCUUUGCGAACUAUCAAGCCGACCAAGCUCAAGGCAAGGGUCCCGAUUACAAGGAGAUUGGGGGCGUUGCGUCGGCUGCGUACUCUGCGUACAAUCGCGGAGCCGAUGCAGGGGAUCUCGAUGAGAAGCAGAAGGAACAGCUGGGAAAGGAUGUCGUUGCCGGGUACUCUGGCAGGAAGAAGGAGGCGUUGAAGUCCGGGGAGGAGGGUGUCGAUGGGACUCAGGAGGGCUGUGAGUGUGAAGGCCACGAUGAUGAGAAGUCGAAGAAGUUGGAUGAAGAGUUAGGGGGCGAGAGUGAAGAUGUGGUAGUUGGGGAGAAGAAGAAACUGCGGGAAGGUGGGUUCUUGCAGGGAAAGGUUGACACCACCACGGAGGAUAUCGCUGCCCAGGAUGCUCGUGGUGAGUACACUGAUCCAUCAAAGGAAGCCCUCGAGGCUUUGUCCUCCAGUACCGCGGCACGAUCUGGCGGGAAAAAUGAAGUCUCUGCUUCCCGGGCAGAUUACACUGGAUCUACUGAUGCAACAUCCGGCGAGACUGGGGACCUCAGCGACUACACCACACUCGGGAGGACGACACGCUCGGGACGCGGCAUCACUAGGAAGCCUUCUUUGGCUGUGAAACAGCAGCAGCAGCAAUUGCUGACGCCAUCCUCAACCACCAGCGGUGGGCGUUUCCAACAAGCUAUCACUGCCCAACUUCAGCAACAAGAAAGUACACGAAACAAUCGAGUGGCUCCUUCAUCAUCCCAAGACAGACGCCAUAAGCCGGUGCCUGUGUCAACACCAGACCUACUUGACGAUGACGACGAAAUCCUGGACCUGACUGGUAACGAUACGAUCUUGUCGUCAGAUUCGGUUGCAUUCGAUGAAGGAGUCACGGUAUGGAACGAAGCGCAGGCCUCGAGGCCGGAACCGCUGUCGAAGCGCGGCCAGAAGAGAAAGAGUACGGAGAUGAGCAAGACAGGAGACUUGGAUUCAGACUCGGACGAGUUUCCAGAUAUUUACAAGACGCUGGGCACCCCAGCCCCAAAGAGCAGUCGAGCGGCUAAGAGCACCAAAACAAUACCAUCGAGCAUCCGCAGGGCGAAUACAGACAAGGGCAUGGUGGAAGAGCGGACUAUCACACAAACAAUCAGCCGAACCCAGCGCACGUACAAGAUGGCCGAUGAUCCUCAAGAACGGGGGACGCCACGUCGGCUCCCAAUGGCUGUUGGUGGCCAGAGUGCCAUCGGACGCACUCCGAGCAAGGCCGUCCGGAUUUCUUCUAGCCCAGAGUCGAAUCAACGGGCGAAAUCGGCAGGUUUACAGUCGACUCAACAACGUCCUCGGCCUCGGGUAAUACAGGAUUCAGAUGACGAGUUCGAUGACGGGGAUUUUGACGCCGAGCUUCUGGCCACACCGAGUCGAAGUAACUUUAUGCCAGCCUCUGCGGCUCGCUCCAGACCGGCAUCUGUUCCCUUUGGAGGUGCAGAUUCAUCAGACGAGCUCGUUGCGCCUGAUACCCCUUCGAGGCCGCAGCCAGCGACGUUGCUGCCGGAUGAUUCCCUAAUGAGCUUCGAGGUAGACCCUGUCCAAGAUGACUCAACGAAUACACUAUCACAGCCGACGCCCUCUUCGCAAGGGAAAAGGUCCACGGUACUUAAGUUCAUCUUGGACAACCCAGAUGCCAUGAAGGCAAAGGAGACGAUGAUCCAGGAGAAGCUCGUGCACAACUCCGAAACCUUCCGGAACGUCUUGAUGGAUGGCUCAAGGGAAGACCGCAAUAAACAUAAAGCCGAGAAAGAGUUGUUGAUGUCACAGCAAUCUUGCCUCAAGAAAGCAUACGAACUCCUCAAGUCCCACGCGAAACUUCAAGGCGAGAAAGAGGUGCUUGUACAACAAAUCGCCACGGCCUACGGUGACGGUGGCGACACUGAGCAGGACGAGAUUCGUUUGGAUGAAGUGUCAGACAAAGUUAGGGCUUUGGAGCAAUCCAUCGAGCGACAUCUUCCUAGUGUGGGCAUCGACGGCGAUUCUUUCAUCGACGACUACCGCAGGUCUAAGGCUAUUGUAAUGAGCACCCAACCUAGCCACAAGACCCCGGCCAGAGCGUUGAGAUCUGCACAGGCAGUCGAGGAGAAUGACAACCAAGUCAUUCAUCAGACACAAUUCCCCGGAUCGUCGAGAAUAACCGACCCCAGAGAUCGGUCUCCGCCGCCGUUCCCACGGUCCAAACCCCCCAUGCCCAAGAGCGCCAAGAAAUCAGCCCCUCCGAUUGCGAAAGCCAGUCGACGAGAUGAUUUCGAAGACAACUACCUGGAUGAUAUUGAAGAUGACUUCGGCGCAUUUGAUCCGGAGCCGCCGAUCUCUAGGCCGUUGCCAAGCCGCAGAAGCCCUGUCAAAGCAUCGCGCCCUCGCGCCAUGGAUAUGUCCAGUGAUUACGGCGAUGAUGCGGACGCAGACAUGCUUGCGCUCGCGCAAGACUUUGAAUCGCGUCACUCGUCUUCUGCGGAAACGGCUUCCAAGAGGAGAAGCGUCCUUACUGCAACGUCAGGUAAUCUCGCUCAGCCUCCCAAAUCCACUGAACCCUUGAAGAAGAGGGAAGUGUCUAAAGCAAAAUUGUCGAUACCACCCGAGUUGAUGAAACAUCCCUGGUCCCCGGAUGUCAGAAGGGCUUUGAAGGACAGAUUCAGGAUGAGAGGGUUCCGACCUAAUCAACUUGAAGCUAUCAAUGCCACUCUAGCCGGCAAGGAUGCCUUUGUGCUAAUGCCGACUGGUGGAGGAAAAUCACUCUGUUAUCAACUGCCGGCAAUCAUCAACAGCGGGAAGACCCGGGGUAUCACGAUUGUUGUUUCACCUCUGCUCAGUCUGAUGCAAGAUCAGGUCGAUCACAUGUCUGCGCUAAACAUCCAGGCGGUCUCUCUCAACGGAGAAACAACUUCUCAAAAGCGGAACCAAAUCUUCUCGUCCUUCAAGGAGAGAAGCCCUGAGUUGUUCGUUCAGUUACUCUACGUCACGCCUGAGAUGCUGAACAAUAGUCCCUCCUUCAUGAAGGCCUUGACAACGCUCCACUCAGGCAAACGACUUGCUCGUAUAGUCAUUGACGAGGCGCAUUGUGUCAGUCAAUGGGGCCAUGAUUUCCGGCCAGACUACAAGGCUUUGGGCAAGCUACGGAAUCACUUUCCCACCGUACCUAUUAUUGCGCUCACAGCAACGGCAACCCAGAACGUCAUUGUUGACAUCAAACAUAACCUGGGCAUGGAUAAUUGCGAGGUGUUCUGUCAGAGUUUCAACAGGCCGAACCUUACGUAUGAAGUCCGCCGGAAGGAGAGGGAGCUGGUGCACAAAAUCGCCGACCUCAUUCAGUCAAAGUACGACCAGCAAUGCGGUAUUAUCUAUACGCUAUCGAGGAAGACAUCUGAACAGGUGGCUGAGAAGCUACGAGACAAGUACGGCAUUUUAGCCCAUCACUACCACGCACAGAUGUCACCCGAGGAUCGGAUUGAUGUUCAAAGGCAAUGGCAGAAGGACAGAAUCCAUGUCGUUGUGGCGACAAUUGCCUUUGGCAUGGGGAUUGAUAAACCAGACGUUCGCUUCGUUAUUCAUCAUUCGGUACCCAAGAGCUUGGAAGGCUACUACCAAGAAACGGGGCGAGCUGGCAGAGACGGCAACCCAUCCGAUUGCAUUCUGUAUUUUGGAUAUCAAGAUGUCGUCACCUUGAGGAAGAUGAUCGCGGAUGGUGAUGGCAAUGAGGACCAAAAAGAGCGGCAGAGAACGAUGCUCAACCGGGUCACGGCGUUCUGCGACAAUCGGGAGAACUGCCGCCGUGUCGAAAUCCUUCGAUACUUUGGCGAGGUAUUCAACGGAGACGAGUGUAACAAGACGUGCGACAACUGUCGAGCGGGGGCUGUUUUUGAGCAGCAGGACUUCUCCGACAAGGCUGUUGGCGCUAUUCAGACCAUCAGAAACCACGAAAAAUUAACGGUCAAUCAGUGCCGUGAGAUUCUCUUGGGAAAGAAAUACCCCCCGAACAUAAACGAGGACCCAGACGACGCCCACGGGAUAGCUCGGGGGAUGAAACAGCAUGAAGUCGAGCGCAUUCUCGACAGACUUACUGCUGAGGAAGCACUUGAGGAGACAAACGUGGUGAACAAGCGGGCUGGUAUUGCCAUCCCGUACCUCAUCGUUGGUCGUAAUGCGCAUAUGUUUCUGUCUGGGCGCCGCAAGCUGUUGCUGUCGGUUCAGGUUUCUGAUAGGGGUAGGGAAUCCUCGGCUCCAAAGCCGAAAAAGCGAACAAAGAAGAGCAAAGAGGCCGAUGAUGCAGACACAGGCGCAGGGCCUUCUAGACAUGUCCCACCCUCGACUAAUGUGUCUUCGCCUGCUCAGGCAAGAAUUCAGAAUAAGAAGAAGGGCAAGUCCAUGGCAACCAUCUUCGAUACGGACGAAGAGGAAGAGAUGCUACUGCAACAAAUGGAGGAGCAGGACUUGUCUUUGCACUCAAACGGCUACGCAAAGGAUGGCUUUGUCAUGUCGGAUGAUGAAGACGACGCGUUCGAGCCUCUGCCAAAGUCUCGCAACAGAAGUCACGCUUCUCGCGAUGUUGGUCCUCGCAUAGAGGCAGACAGUCGGUUGGGAGAUCUUGAUGAACUGCAUCAAGACGUGGUCCACAACUUUGUGCAGGAGGCGAAGAAGCUCGAAGAGCAGCUGCGCAACGCGCAAAGUCUCCGAAAGCCGCUGUUCUCUGAGCGAAGCUUCCAAGAAAUGGCUAUUCGCUGGACAACAACACUGCCGCAAAUGCGCAAAAUACCAGGCAUCGAGAUUGAGAAAGUUGACAAGUUCGGGACUAAGUUUAUUCCUAUGGUCAAGCGUUGCCGAGACAACUACAAUUCCAUGAUAGGGGCGAUGGACGAAGCUGAUCAGAUGGACGCCGGUGAUCAGCACAUCGUUGACUUGAUCAGCUCUGAUGAAGACAUGGACGAGGACAUGGAAGAUGACGACGAUGAGGAGGAAGAGGAGGCUUCUAAGUAUUUCAAUGGCCCGCCACCACCGCUGAGACCAGAGGUGGAAGCGUGGAAUGAACAAAUGAGAGUGAACGAGCUCGAGACAGCGCCGCCGACACGAGGAUCAUCAGGCACACGAGGCCGUGGUGGCGCGCGCGGUGGGAAGAAGCCAUACCGCAGAGCUUCUGGCGGAGGGUACAAGAAGGGAGGGGUGACCAAACGGAAGGCCUCAGGCGGGGCCAGCAGAAGGAGUAGCGGCGGGACGACGGCUUCCAGCUCCAGGAAUUCGACCGUCACGCACUUCUUCCCUAGAGGCGGCAAGAGAGGUGGCGGCAGCGGUGGAAGGAGCGGUGGUGGCGGCAGCAUCGGACUAAUGCCGCAUUAA